AUGAUCUUGCAAUCUCAUGGAGUCAAGGACUUGAAGGUCGUGGAAGCCGAUCACCGGAGGGACGAGCUGGAGUUCAUGAACACCCUCAAGGGGAUGACCGAACUCAAGACCGUGCCACAAAUCUUCGUGGAUGGCAAGAUCAUUCCAGGUGACAAGCCCGGGUGCUUCGACCGGUUGGACGCUCUGCGCGAGAAGGACGAACUGAAGCCCUUGUUGGCCAACGCCGGUGUGGUGGACUCCGAAGUGGAUCUGCCCCCGGGCACCUACGACUACGACCUCUUCGUCUUGGGCGGUGGCUCUGGCGGUGCGGCCGCGGCCCUGGAGGCGGCCAGGGACAAGUCCAAGCGGGUGGCCGUGGCGGACUUCGUGAAGCCUUCGCCGCAGGGCACCACCUGGGGAGUGGGCGGCACCUGCGUCAACGUGGGUUGCAUCCCCAAGAAGUUGAUGCACAUUGCAGCAACCAAGAAGGAAGAGAUCCACGAUUUGGCGAGCUAUGGUUUUCGGCAGAAGUCCGAUGGAGGUGAAGUGCAGCUGACUCACAACUGGCAGGAGAUGUGCAGCAGCAUCCAAGGUUACAUCAAGAACACCUUGAAUCAGGGCCUUCUGGAUGGUUUCGAAGCGAACGGCGUGAAGUACUACAACAAGUACGCCACCCUCAAGGACCGGCACACCAUCCAUUUGGACGACGGCAAGGGCAACACGGAGACGGUCACUGCACGGUUCAUCUUACUGGCCGCCGGUGGGCGCCCCAACAACGGCGGAUACCCAGGAGCGAAUGAGCAUUGCAUUUCGUCGGAUGAUGUGUUCUGGCUGAAGGAAGCCCCUGGCAAGACACUGGUGAUCGGCGCUGCCUACAUCGCCUUGGAGUGCGCCGGCUUCCUGAACGGCUUGGGUUACGACACGACGGUGAUGGUGCGCUCCAUGCUGCUGCGCGGCUUCGACCGCGAAUGCGUGGACAAGAUCGACGCCUACAUGCAGAAGGUUGGCGUGAAGUUUCUGCGCGGCUGUGUGCCGGAUCGCUUUGAGAAGGGAAGCAGCAAGAAGGUGAAGUGCAUUUGGAAAGUGGCUGGCGAGGAGAAGAGCGAAGAGUUCGACACCGUCUUGCUGGCCAUCGGCCGCACCGGCGAGGCCCAGAAGCUGGGCCUCGCCGAGGCCGGCGUGUGGUUCAACCCGGAGAACGGCAAGGUCCCCGCACCUGCGGAGCAGACCAAUGUGCCCAACAUCUUCGCCAUCGGCGACCUGGUGGAGAAUCGCCCGGAGCUCACCCCCGUGGCCAAGGUCGCGGGGAAGAAGGUGGCGACGCGGGUCUUCAAGGGCGACUUGCAGGCCAUGAACUACCGCCUCAUCGCCACCACCGUCUUCACACCUUUGGAGUAUGGCAUGUGUGGCCUCACAGAGGAGCAGUGCAAAGAGAAGUUUGGUGAUGAUGGCUAUUCGCCCUACACCAAGGAGGUGAAGCCCUUGGAGUGGUCGGUGGUCCCACACCGGGCGGCCGAUGCAUUUUUUAAGAUCCUGGUGGACAACAACACUGGGAAGAUCGUGGGCUUCCAUGUCUUGGGACCUCAAGCAGGAGAGAUCACACAGGCUAUGGCAGUGGCCAUGAAGAUGGGUGUGAAGAAGGAACAGUUGGAUUCUGUGGUUGGCAUUCAUCCCACCCUGGCCGAGACCAUGACAAUGAUGUCGGGGACCAAGAUCGUGGGCGUCAAGUGCGAAUCCUGA